AUGUCGAAUUUGUCGAAGCUUGAGUUUGUGGCACUUGAUAUCUCGGGAAAGAAUUACCUAUCAUGGGUACUUGAUGCUGAAAUUCACCUAGACGCCAAAGGUCUUGGUGCCACUAUUACUCAGGAUAAUACAACAUCAAGUCAGGACAAAGCGAAGGCAAUGAUUUUCCUUCGUCAUCAUCUGGAUGAAGGAUUGAAGGUUGAAUACCUGACAGUGAAAGAUCCACUUGAAUUGUGGACUGGUUUGAAGGAAAGAAUUACUUCCCAACUGAAAUUAUGUGGGGAUAAUAUAACUGACGAGGAUAUGUUGGAAAAGACUCUUACGACUUUUCAUGCCUCCAAUUUGGUAUUACAACAACAGUACCGUGAAAGGGGUUUUAAAAAGCAUGCUGAUUUGAUAUCAUGUCUUCUUGUGGCUGAGCAACACAAUACCCUUUUAUUGAAAAAUCAUGAAGCCCGUCCCACUGGAACUGCUCCAUUCCCGGAAGCGAAUGUGGUAGCAACACAUGGCCCAACUGAAAGAAGACAAAAUAAUCGAGGCCAUAAUAAUGAGCGUGGGCGUGGCAGGGGCAAGGGACGAUAUAAUAAUCGUCGUGGUGGUGGUCACCAUAAAAGGGAGAACAAUAUGGGUUAUCAAGGCAAUCCUUCAAGGAACAACUGUCAUCGUUGUGGUUUGAAAGGUCACUGGAAAAAUGAAUGUCGGGCGCCUGAAAAUUUUGUCAGGCUUUAUCAAAAUUCCUUCAAAAGAAAGGCAAAUAGAGAUGGUGCCUCUUCUGCUAAUGCCCGGGUGGAGUCACACAUGACUUUUAAAAAUAACGAUGAGGCAGGGCCUUCACGAAAAUAUGAUGAUAAUGUUGAAGCUAAUUUGGCUUUGAAAGAUGAUGAUUUUGAUGGGCUUGAUGAUAUUACUCAUUUGGAAGUUGAAGACUUCUUUGGAGAUCGAAAUUGA